UGUUAUUGGCAGCCAACGAUUUGAGAAAAAAGGAGUUUCGUUUGAAACAUGUAAGGUUGUGAGAUGCAGCUGAGGGGUAAGAGGCCCAAGGGUGAGAUGCCCUAAGCUAUGAGUAGGUGAGAGGCCGGGGAGAGAAUGAGACUUGAUCCAAAUCUCCAUUCUUCUAUCAUCUUCUAUUUUUCUUUUCUUUUCAGUAUCUGUUUUAUUGUUCAGUGAGUUAAUUUGCAACUGAGAGACAAUCCAUUCAGUUUCCUACUGUGUUUUGUUGAAGAUCUCCAUUGAUAGAUAGUGCAUCGAUCCUACUGUAGGGUUGGUUCUUAGUUGAACUAGCUCCUACAUUACUUCAACUGAUGCUUGUGGCUCCUUGUCUGUAACUAAUAAUAUCCAAAAUAUGAAGCUUUGAUGUUGAUUCUUUUUGUUGAAAUGCGUGGGGAUUAACAAAUUCAAUAUGUAGACAACCGUCGUUGCUUCACUUGAAAUGAUCAUCUUGUUCCCUUUGCCAUUACUUACUGUCCAACAUCAGAGCGGUGUUCCUCAUGUGUCAAUUCUUUUGGCUCUUCCUGUGGCUGCAUUGUUGGUGCUAACUUAUUUAGUUUUGAGGGUACUUUGUCAAUCAAUCCUUGAAGAACAAAUAUCUGGCGCAUGUGAGAAGGCUGUAAGGUGCACAAAUUUUUGUCAUGAUCAAUGACGCCUCUUUGUGCUUCCAACCACUCUUGACCCUCUUUAAUAAUGUGCUUAAAAGAAUCUAACUCAUCACAAUGUUGGCAAAUUGAGAAUUCAAUGAAUUCAUCAGCUGCAACUAAGAUGAUGGAUCAUGUUGGUCUCUGAUAACAUUUCUGCCAUAGGAUGCAAAAUCAAUUUGUCACUCUGCCUGUCAUCUACAAGUAUGCUAGCAGUUUUUUCUGUUGGGUAAAUGAACAUUGGUCUGGAAAAUGUAGGUAUCCAUGGUCAGAUUUGGCUUUGAUGUCAAAUGAUGCAAUCCAGGGUUUGAAAAGCCUGCUCUGUGAUCGCUAUGGGCCCACCUACAUGCCCAAUAGCCAAAAGUUGAAAGAUAAUGGGAAUUUUGACAUAUUAACAAGGGGAUUGGCAAUUUGGUGCAUAACCAGAAUUUUAAAGGCCUACUUAGGAAGAAAAAGAAAAAAAGGAUAUGGGAGAUCGACAGAGUCUUUGUAGACUGCUGUUGCCCCCAGAACAGAAUAAAGAAGAUACAAGAUAAACCAACGAGGAGGAAAAAUAAGAGAGAACAGGAAGGAGGAGAACAGGAAAGGAACUCAAUGGGAAGGAGAGGCAAGAGAACCAAAGGGGAAGAAGGUUAUAGUCGCACACAGGGGAAGGGAUGUGCAAGGAGUACCUAUAGUAGAUGUUCCAGAUUCGCAAGGAAGGGGAAAGAAGGCGAUACCAGAAGCAAGGGGGAAAAAGAAGAGAAUGACAGUCAACGGGCGGCCUCAAUUUCAAUAUUCUAUCUGUCUAAAUUAUUGGAUUACAAGCAUAUAAAUAAGAAAAGAAAAAGGUACUAAAUAUGGAAACAACUCCACUAAGAUUUCUUGCCAAAAAUAAAAAGAGGAAAAGAUGCCACAGAUUGUUUUUUAUUUUAUUUUAUUAUUUGGUCUUCUGUGAGUAGCGCUCUUGACCAUGCCAGCAAAUUGAAACUUUCUUAUAUGUAUACUACCAUUAUUCUCCUGAUUUUCUGGUGGAGUUAUUGGUUGCAUUAUCAUAUAUUUCUAUUGCUAUACGCAUUUAAUUUUUGAGCAUUUUGAUCUUUGUCCAUGGCAAUAAGUUUUAGGAUUGUUAUCUCACCUUGAAUAUGCUAGUACUGGCUGAAGAUCAUCACUGUGAAAAAAGAUAAUUGUUCCUGUGAAUGGUUGGUAAAUUGUCUCACCCAACUGCUAAUUUAUGCCAGGGAAUGGAGGCAACGUUUACGGUGACAGUAGAUGAUAUUGAAUGUGCUUACUUAGAUAAAGUAGAUGGUCUCUUUGGUUUUGGAGCACAGAAUAAAGAAAGUAUUGCCCAACUGAUAUGGGGGUUUUUUGAUUAUUGGUCAUUUCGUCAUGACCAUGCAAAUGCUGUUAUAUCUGUACGCACAGGAAGUAUCGUCAGUAAGCAAGCCAAGGACUGGACAAGGCGAAUUGGAAAUGACCGUCAUUUGAUACGUAUAGAGGAUCCCUUUGAAACAUCUCGUGAUCUUGGUCGAGUUGUUGAUAAGCACAGCAUAAGAAUCCUUCAAGUUGUUUGAAAGAGUGGCCAAUAUUAUGCAGUAUGAUCCUGAUCCUUGCGUAAAGCUAUUUGAGCCCUAUGUACCUAAUAUACCACAUCCUUGAGACUCGGUAAUGUUUUGCUGUACUUAGUUCUUCCAAGCUUGUAAAGUCCCGUAUCAUUCAUUUAC